AUGUCGGGUAAAAUCUUUCCGGAUUUAAUUGGUUAUUACACGCCUAAGCCCCGGAUCCGUAUCAUCCUUAUGUUGGAGACAACGAAGAUGGCUAAAAUAGGACGCCGCCAACCUUCAUCUUUACGACGUUCUCUCCUCGGUGUCGUCCAGACAGUUUUCGCCCUUGCUUUAUUUGCCAUCUUUGUCAUCACUUGGCUAGUGGAAGUAGGAACGAUCCCCCUCCCCGAAUGGGCAAAAGCGUGGAACGGCGUCUCGCCUGAGUUGCAAAGAACCUACGCUGCUGCUCUAGUCCCUGCAGUGGUUAUCCUCGCGGUGCUCUUCAUCGGUGCCGGUAUCAUUCUUAUGAUGCGAGAACAGAGGCUAGACAGAAACAGUCCUGUCUAA